AUGCAGAAAGCGAACGGCGACAGCGGCGGCCGCGCCGUCGGCGGCGGCAUGGCCGCUGCCGCAACCGGGCGCGCGCCGCCAGCUGCAGGGGGCCCAGGGCUGCAGGGCGACAUGGCUUUCUUCAUGCGUGUCAGCGCUGCCGGCGCGCCGCAAUCCAAGCCCGUCGCGGACACCAUGCCGGCUGCCGCUGCCGCCGCCGCUGUCAAGGGCGUGCGGGAUUUUCAGGUCUCUGGCGACGUCCUCCCCGAGGCUGCGGCGGCAGCAACAGGCCCCGAGGACAGGGGCGGGGCGUGCAGCCCCCCCGCGCAGCCGCGUGGCCCCGGGGACCUGGCGCAGCCGGAGGGGGCCGUCGCGGCGCCCGGGCCGAUGCGGCUGCGCGCCGCGCUGCCAGGCGGCGCCGAGCAGCUGCUGCAGGCGCUGCAGGAAGACAAGCAGGCGCUGCUGUGCGGCUUGGGGCCUGCUGAGGGGGGCCCCCGCUCGCCCCUGGCCUUGUGCACACUUUGGGACGGCCGCCCCGCAGAGCGGCUGCUGGCCGCGCUGGGCAGCGGCGGCGGCGGCGGCGGCCCCAAGUGCGGCGCGGCAGCGGCGGCGCAGCGCGCACAGCGGCUCGUCGCACUGGCGCUGCUGGCGCAGGCCGCGGCGGCGGUACUGGACGGCGGCGCGCGGCCGGCGCACCUCUUCCUGCGCCACAUGCUGGGGCAGCUGCCGGCGGUCGCGCCCCUGGCCGCGCGCGGCGCGGCGGCGCUGGCGGCGGCGCACGCGCGUGUUGAACGUGGCACUGGCGCUGGCGCCGGCGGCGGCGGCGGCGGCGGCGGUGGCGACCAUCCCAAACAGGAACUGCUCAGGCGGCUGCUGGUGGAGGCGCGCGCGGCGCGGCCGGGCGCCAGGGUGCUGGUGGUGGUACAAGCCAAGGCCGCCUUCACCCUGUUCGCGCCCAUCUCCGCCGCCGGCCUCCAAGCCCGCCAGCUGGACCGCGGCGGCCGCCUGCUGGGCGGCGCGGCGGCGGCCGGCUGGGCGGCGGCGGCGGGCGCGUGCGGCGCGGCGGGGUGCGUGCUGGCGACGCCGCGACACCUGAUGAACCCGGCGCUGCCUCUCAGCGGCUUCGGCUUUCUGAUCGAGUACAGCCCGGCUGCGCCCGGCGCCCAGGCGGACCCGGACCCUGCGCAGGCACCAGCGGAGGGGACGGUCGGCGCGGCGGCUGAUGAGACGGCCGCGGCUCGCGGCGGCGGCGGCGGCGGCGAGGCGGGCGGCCCGGCAGCAGCGCGGUACCUGGCUGUCUGCCGGCACUUUGAGGGGCGCCACUUCGCGAUCGACGUCGUGGCGCCAACCAUGGGGGCCCCGGCAGCAGCCGAGGAGCCGUGCCGCCCAGCUCCGAACCGCGCCGCGGGCGCUGCGCUCGAGCCUGCGCCCGCGCCGGCGCUCCCGCCCGCGCCGGCGGCGCCUGCGCCUGCGCCCACGGCCGCACCCGCGGCGACGAGGCGCCCCGUGGUCGUCAGCCGCGCCCCCUGCAGCCUGCUCACGCGGCGGCGCGACCUCUAUGAAUCAGUCCUGCGGCUGGAGCAGCCGCCGCCGCCCGGGCGGGCUGAGCCGGCAGCGGUCGCUGAGCUGGCGGAGCGGCCCUGCGAGUAUGCUGACGUCAUCCUGACGCCACGCGCGUGCGUGUGCGUUUGGAGCGCGGAGAACCUGCCGCUGGAUCUGGAGACUGCAUGCCCCUGGGAGCCCGCCCUGCAGCUGCUGGGCCAGCGGCUGCUGCGCCUCAGCUUCUGCUUCAGCGAAAUCCACUACCUUCUGGAACUCCCUCCCCCGCCCCCAAAAGCGCCCCCGCCACCCCCGCCAGCCGGGCGGGUCGGCGUCGCGGACGGGCGCGGCGCGCGCCAGGAGGCCGGGGCGCGGCGCCACGCCGCGGCGCGCGCGCUGCUUCGGGAGUCGCGCUCGCUGCAGGCGGUGGCGGCGGCGGCCGGGGUGCGGGUGCAGGUGCACCCGGCCGACGGGCGGGCGGCGGCGCAGGCCCUGCUGAGUCACCUAUCUACUGCCAUUCUUUCAGACUACUACAGCGCCCGCCCCGCCCCCGGCCCCAGCCCCACCAACGGCCCCGCCGAGGCGCCCCGAGGCGGCCGCGCACCCCUGCGCGUCCCGGACCUUCCCUCCCCCCGCGAGGCGUUCCUGCUGGCCUGCCCCGCCUUCAACCCGCUCUCGGCCGCGCUGCUGGCGUCCCUGGGGCUGCCGCUACGUGACAUCAUCGCGGCAGCGCUGGCGGGCCGCGGGAAUCAGGUGGCUCCUGAGCUGCCGGACCACUGCUGGGGCCUGGCCGCAGCGCACUGGGCGGCGCGCCCGCCGGACGAGGUGGUGUCGGCCCUUCGGAAUCAGCUGCAGCUGCAGUUGGCGGAAGAGCAGCAGCAGCAGCAGCAGCAGCAGCAGCAGCAGCAGCAGCAGCAGCAGCAGCAGCAGCAACAGCUGUGCGAGGAGGCCGUGAUGCAGCAGCAGGAGCGGGCGCAGCAGCAGGCCUGGCGGCGGCAGCAGCAGCAGCAGCAACAGCAGGGUGAUGUGACGGGUUUAGAACCCAGCGACCAGCACGUAGAGUUUUCGGAUGUGGAGAUGCAGCAGCAGCAUGCGAAUGCUGCAGCAGAGGAGCAGCAGUGGCGCCAGCUGGCUGGGCUGGCAGCCCGGCAGCAAGCACACAGCCAGCAACAGAUGGGUUGCGAGCCGCGGCAGGGCCGAGUGUGGCGAGAGGAGGAGGGCUUGUGGGAGCUGUCUUGGCAACAGCAACAGCAGCAGCAGCAGCAGCAGCAGCAGCAGCAGCAGCAGCAGCAGCAGCAGCAGCAGCAGCAGCAGCAGCAGCAGCAGGAUGAGCAAAGGGGUCAGAGGCAGGCGCCCUGGUCCGCGCAACCACUCAGCACACACGGCGAAGAGUGGGGUGGCGAAGGGUGGGGUUCGCAGCCGGGGCACCGCCGAGAACCAGGGGCCGCCCCGACGGACUGGAUGGCGCGCGCUGUGCCAGGCGACGCGUUUGAGCAGAGAGCCGUUCACGGCGUUGGGCAGGGCCGCCGCCAGGCUUUCUUCGAGCCAGCGGGAGAGGAAGCCUUUGGACCAGAACAGAUGGCGUUUGAGGGCGGCAGCGGCGACAUGGGCGGCGGCGGCGGCGGCGGCGGCGCGUUUGUCCCUGAUGGCGGUGACGGGGACGCAGGGGCCGCGGGCGGGUUCGACCCUGAGCUGCUGUUGGACGAUUUCCUCAGCAGGCGCGGGGGAGCAGCUGGGGCCGCUCCCGGCGCCGCCCGCCGCUGCGUGGCCGGCGGCCUGCAAUGGCAGCAGAAGGCCGCGAGGCCCACGCCGCCGCCGCAGCAGCAGCCGCAGCGGCAGCAGCAGCGGUGGGCGGCAACGGGGGCCGGAGGGGCCAUGGCCCCUGCAGCGGCCCGACGCGGGGCUGGUCGGCAGGCAGGGCGGCCCGGCUGGUUCGAGGAUGGAGACCAGGCGCCCGGCUGGGGUGGGCGCGGCGCAUUCGAUGCCAGCGGCCGCACUGUAGGUGGCGGCAGCUUGCUGGACCCUGCCGCGCAGCCCGCCUUUGGCAGCUUUGAAGGCCCGCCUGCCCAGCGCCGCGGCACGGCACCUGCAGCCGCCGCACGUGGCGGCGGCGACAGGGCCGGUGGGGGCGGCGGGGGCCUGUUCAGUGGUUGGGACGUGGAAGAGGACGACGCAGAAAUGGCCCACGCCCGCGCGCCGGCCCUGUUGCCGGGCCUGCCGGCCUCCGCCCUGCGCGCCGCGGACAGCGGCGGCAGCCGGGGCCCCACCGCCGCGCGCCGCCGCGGCAACCACCCUGCGCCACCCGGGCCCCGGGCGCCGCUUGGCGCGUUCGGUGGGGGCGGCAGAUCGGGGUUCGACUUCGGCAUCGGCGAUGAUGCGCAAUUCGAAGGAGGUGACGCGCUCAUGUCGGACCCUUUUGACGGCGCGGGUCACCAUGAAAGCGACCCUUGGGGCCUCGAAGAUGAGCAGCUGCUGGGCAGCCGCCUCCCCAGCCUCUUCGGCGGCGACGGCGGCAGCCGGGGGACAGGCUGGGAUGCACGACGACCGACCGGCGGCGGCGCCGCGCGUGGCGAGGCAUUCGGCGCGCCGCCAGGCGCUGCGUGGGGCGCGCCGCCUGGCCGGGCAGGCGGUGGCGGCGGCGGCGGAGACCCGGCGCGGCGGGUGCCUGCUUUCAUGGCUCACCGCAACCCGAGCCGGCAGCUUGGCUACGCGCUGGCCGACGACGGUGACAUCAUCAUGGGCGGCGGCGGCGGCGUGUUUGGGGACGGGCGCGGCGGCAGGAAGCACAAGGGCGGCGGCGGGCGGCAGACGCGCCUGGCUUGGAAGUGA